GUGAGAUAAGUAAUCUACUCACAGACAAGGCUUUCCUAAUGUUAACACUGUGCUUGGCGUGAUAUUUCAGGAAGAGUGAGCCACUCAGCAUUCCCGGGUGAGCAGCAGGAGCAAUCAAAGGUCUAAAAACCAACAUCUCAGGGGAGGGAUCACGUGAGCCGUUUUGUAGAGGAAAGGUGACUGAGGGAGGGUGUGUGGAAGGUUUUCUGUCAAGUGGAAGGCAAUAAAUUAGUCUCUAAUCCACCCAAGCGGUAAUACAUAUACGUUGCCACAAAGGAGAAUUAAAUCAUGCAGGCAAUGUGGUUUGAAAUUUAAGUAAAAUAAAACACUAAAGAAAUUGACGGGGAAGGCAGUGCCCCAUGGGAAGGGGCGGGGAUGGGCACAGAGUAGGGCAGAGGCUGUGCUGUCUGCGGAUCCCUGCUCGCACCGGGCAGAGGGAAGGCUGGCACGGCCCCUGGUGUCAUGUCCGUUCACCACGGCCAAGAGAUCAGACCCAUGAGCAGCCUACUGCCCUUUGUCCCACUGUCUGGAGAGCCCUGAAGCACCUCAGCGCUGUGCCAGAGGAUGACGGACAGCCGUGUGCCUCCACCCAGGGGUGAGCCCGUUAGUGCAGGGCUGUGGGCAAGCCCAGGCUCUUCCAGGAGUCACGGAGCGCUAGGAUCAUCUCAUCCAACCAUCAGCACACACCCCCAUGCCCACUGAUCACGAGCCUCAGUGCCACGUCCCCACGGCUCUUGAACACCUCCAGGGACGGUGAUUCCACCACCUCCCUGGGCAGCCUGUUCCUCCCACGGAACAAUGCCCAUGUUCCUGUCCUGCUGGUCCAGGUAAGUAAGGUUCCCAGCCAGGUGUGUGUUCCCUGUGCUGACAGACCCUUCCUUUGUUACUGGUAAGGGAAAGUGCUCCUGCUCAUCCCCAUUCCAAGUCCUUUUACUCCCUUGUCCUGCUGCUUGGCUACAGCCACAUUUCCAUCCCUCCCUCAACUCCCUCCUCUGUGCUGCACCAAACACAAGCUGCAUGCCCACACUUGCUAUGCCUCUUCCUCCUCUUCUGCCAGGUCUUGGUGCAUGGCCACAGUGCUGCACAAACACAGGCAGGUCUUAAUCUCUGCUGCAUUCAUCAUCUCCUCACUUAACAUACAGGGAUGAUUUUGCAGCCAUCCAUCCCACAAGAUGAGAGCCUUUGGGGAGCUGUUUGCCCAGUUUCCUCAGCAACCCAUGCCCCCCCCAGCCCAGCCCAGGCUGGAGGUGGGGCCUGGGGGGUAGUAGUGCCCCAGCACCACACACCCCAGGCACAGGACCCGAGCGAGGACAGGCUGCUGAGGGGCUCCAGCAGAGGAGGAGUGUGUGGAGCACUGACUCUAGGGUUUAACUGGUAAAAAGUCAAAGCUUGGGCAAUGCCACAACCACAGCACCCAAGGGAGCUGCGUGGCCCUGCCCAGCCCCUGCACAUCGUGCUCUGAGCUCCAGCCCGGCUCAGACCUCACGGCACGGUCUGCGGCUCUGCACUUUGCUUUGCAGGAAGACGUGGCACGAUGACGGUGAAGAAGAAUCAGCCCUUGCAGAACGGAAGGGCCAAGGAGAACGUGCUGCAGCGGGUCCUGCAGCUGCCGGUGGUGAGCUCAACCUGCGAAAGCCUGCAGCGGACCUACACCAGCACCAAAGAAGUCCACCCGCUUGUGGCCUCAGUGUGUGAGGUCUACGAGCAGGGCGUGAAGGGUGCCAGCGCCUUGGCCAUGUGGAGCGUGGAGCCUGUGGUGCGCAGGCUGGAGCCCCAGUUCACUAUGGCCAACAACUUGGCAUGUCGGGGCUUGGACCACCUGGAGGAGAAGAUCCCAGCCCUUCAGUAUCCCGUUGAGAAGCUUGCCUCCAAACUGAAGGACACCAUCUCCACCCCCAUCCAAACUGCCAAAAGCACCAUUGGCAACUCCAUGGGCAAGAUCCUGGGGCUGGCAGUGGGAGGCUAUGAGACAACCAAGAGCACCGUGGAGACCACAGCAAGGUACACAAGGAGCAACUCGGUGAGCCAGAUGGUGGCCGCUGGGAUGGACACGGCCCUGGGUGGGCUGGAGAAGCUGAUGGAGUACCUGCUGCCAGAAGAGGAGGAGGAAGCAGUUCUGCCUUUAGAUCAGAAGCCCAAGCAGACCUGUGGGCCAGCAACGAAGGUCUCCCAGCAGCGGUCCAGGACUUACAGGGCUCACAGCGCUCCCAGUGCUCCCAGCAGUGCUCCCAGCACCCUGGGCAGGAUCGCAGCCCUGGUCAGCACCGCUUCCCACCGUGCUUACCAGCACACCGCCCAGAACCUCCAGCGUGCCAAAGCCAAAGGGCAGGAGCUGGUCGUCUGGAUCCCCAUCCUGGGCAGCCUGGCUAAGCCAAGCCCACCCACAGUGCCACGGAGCCACAGUGAGAGACAAAGCAUCGCAGGCAGCUGGCGGCAGAGUAGGGUCCCAGAGCAGAAGCAGGAGAAGGCAGAGAAGAAGGAGGACAACCAUGCCAGUGAGGCAGGGGAUGGCCUCGGGCUGGUGGGCAGCGUGGCUCACAACCUGCAGAGCGCCUGCGUCUCCGGCAUCUCCAGCGUGAAGAAGGUCCCCGCUGUGGCCUGGGAUGCAGCAGAGGGGUUGAUUCUGUUCACGCCCCGCAGGCUUUCCAGGGCCCUGGAGACGGUAGAUGCUCUUGGGGGGACCCUCAUCAGUGCCCCUAAGCACCUGCUGGGCAGCCUGUAUAGCUAUGUGCCGCUCUGCAGGCAGUCCAAGUGUGAGGCGGCGGCACGGGGCAGCAAGACGGGCCCUGAGGCCGAGCAGAAGGAGGAGGAGAGCAAGCCAGAGGCCGGCAGCGCCGAGGAGAAGGCCCAGCUGAGGGGGGACUGGCGGCUGUACCGCGGCCACCACCCGCUGUCCUUCCUGGGCCUGGAGGACCCCCUCUUCAUACGCAGCAACCUGUACCGCACCUCAGCCUUGGAGCCCGAGGCUGUGCCGCGGAAAUCGGCCUUCACACCCUACAGCCGGCGUGUGAGCGAGGGCUCCUACCGCUUCAGCCCCGAGGCCAUGUACAGCCGGGCCUACUACGCCAACCUCUACAGCCCGGCUUUCAAGAAGGACUGACCGUGAGCGGGAGAACCCCGGCCCCAAAUUGCCCCCAGCACGCUUCACCUUCAUGUACCCACAUCCCACAGCCCACGUUGCCUGCAUACCCACAUCCCCAACCUGGCACAGAUAUGGUUGUCCCUCUGGGGUUGUCCAUCUCUCUGUCCAUCCAUGGUUGAGGGUCCCUGCUCUGCACCAGGCUCGGUGACAGCUGUGCAAGGGGAUGUCCCCUCCUUGGGGCCAAGAGGAGAAUAAAGGCAGCCCAAAGCGCAGCUGCUGGAGAAAUAGGUAGAGGAGAAAAGAAGGUAAAAUACACGGUAUCUCUGGGUGAGAUACACAGCACUGAGAUGGACUGGAGGGCAACACAACCAUCAAACAUCAUCAUAGAAUCAUCAGAGAACAGCUUUCGUUGGAAGUGACUUAAAGCUCAUUCAGUUCUGUUCCCCUGCUGUGAGCUGGUUGCCCCCCACCAGUUCAGGCUGCCCAGGACCCCAGCCAACCUGGCCUUGAGCACCUCCAGGGAUGGGGCACCCACUGCUUCUCUGGGCAGCCUGGGUCCCCAUCCCUCCCUCCACAGUUUUGGGCCUGGGGACACAACCAGGCAGAGCACCAGAACCCCCGUCUCCUGUAGGACUGCCUUAUUUCUUACAACUUGUGGUUGUAUCUGCUGCAAUAAUAAACCUUCUCCCCCAACCCCUUGCAUAGUUUGCUUUACA